UCUGGAUACAACAUAUCACAACACAGAAGUGUUUGAAUACUAUUUUGUACACAAUUUAUCAAAAUGGAACGUAAUAUCGUACUUUUACAUCUUCCAUUAGCUUAUGAUUUUGAUAGCAAUGGAUGAAAUUAAUUAUUGGAAUCUAACCAAUUGCCGUUGCCAAAACACAGACCAUCGUUGUGGAGACUUUUACCAGAACGGCGUUGAGCCUUUUAUCAUACCCACAUGGGGUUAUUGGCUUUUUGCAGUAGUGUAAUUACAUAUAAAUUGGGGUAUGUAUCACGAGUUAACAGGACUACGUGUAGUUGUCCUGUUGCGGUAGUGCUCCCAGGAAGACAGGCCCAAUCAUACACAGUAGCCUAUUCCACCAGUACGGAGUAUCGCAGACGGCAAAAAGCCACUCACACAGUUGCUAUUUUACUAUAUAGGUCAGCUUCAUACAAUUUCUGUGCGCCUCGUCUGGUUGGCGGUGUGGUAUCUCAUCAGUUGUAAUAGUCUACUACGGUCAGGCACACGCAGAUCGUGAGCGGACCCCACACUUGACCAAUGUAAUACAGUAAAUCGACUUAGCGUGGAAAUAUACGUUUAGAAGCACUAACGACAAAGAAAGUGUAGUGUGUAACAAUAGAGCCGACUAGUUGAGUGCCUUGCGGUUUUUGUCGUGUAUAUAUACAGUAUAUAUCCGGAAUCAAUGGGACAACUAAUUAGGUGGUCUCUGGUCGCUCACCUGUCCACAGACAGAGACUAGUGUGCUCACAUCGAUCCGUCUGUCUCUGUAGCACGUGUUUUGGCCCGCGAUGCCUCUCUCUUUUGUGUUGUUUUAAUAGAGUGUAGUUGGUCAUUUAUUAGCGAGGUGUAUACAGGUUAGCGGUCUGGCCGCUAUCUCCGCAGUUUUAUUGGAGUGUAAAAGCCGCAUACGUCAGACUGGAGUACAGCCAUGGUGCAUCAGUUGAAAUCACUUUGAUUUUCAAAGUAGCAUGACACCAGCACACAUCGACUUUUAUCCUUCUCCAAAGCUACACGUGUGAUGCCGUAACCGGCUCAGGACACUUCGGAUAGACCUCUACAGCUGAUCAUGGGAACCGGUGGUGUCCAGAAAGGUCUACUACUGCACGUGAAGUGGUAAACACGACACGGGAAGACACGUUAAGAUACCUAAAGUGGUAAACACGAAACGGGAAGACAAGUGAAGUUACGUGACGUGAUGAACACGACACGAGAAGACAUGUGGGGCUACGUGAAGUGGUAAACACGACACGGGAAGACAUGUGGGCCUACGUUAAGUGUACUUCGGGUAGUUGAUUCAUGAUAAUCCAUGAUAUGCAUAUGUGUGUGCGAAAUAUGGAUGGAAAAGUUAUAUUAAUGCUGCCGUGUAAUGCACGUGAUUUAAUUUGUACAGAUAGGAACCAUAUCGAGGAUACAUUCGUAUGUGCUGUGUUGAAGGAGAAACAAUACAUCUGUGGAAAUGUAUCAAAUAUAGACGGUAUUGAGUUCCCUGUCCAAUGCAAUUCAUAGGAAUAGCAGGUUCACCAUGGUACGACCGCUCGACCCCUCCAAUGGCUGCUGUACCGGACUGCUCACCGACCUCAUCGUCCUCCUUGUGAUCCUCCUGCACGUGCGAAGGGGCGUCGCCUCCGAAUGGCCCGAAUUCGACGUCUUUUAUGACACGAAGGUUAUACCCGAGGACAACGAAGUCACUGCCUAUUUAUUUAGAAACGAGAUAGAAAGCGUGUUUUUCCUGCCUGACGAUGAAACACCAGUGAGUAUCAGCGUCAUCCCGUGUGCAUCAGCGUUAGAAUGGAACGUCACCUACUCUACGUACAACAAAAGUGAACGAGGAGGGCGUCAUUAUUACAACCACACGGGUGCCGGAAAACACACGUUCACAUUGAGUGGCAAGUUGAUCUUCAAGAUAUCUCUACGGCCCCUUACUAGCGAUACAAGAGUUCAUUUCUUUGCAACGAAAAAACUAAAUUAUGUUGCCUACCCGGCGCUUCCCAAUGACUACAAAGUAGAAGGAGCUGAGGUACAGCGACGGCGGAUUUCCGUGUCGUGGAAGCCGAGCCCAGAGGAGACGCCCUAUGACAAUAUCAUCACUUACUGUGUUGCUAUUAGUAAGGGCAGAUCCUAUCCUACACACUGCUCGCUAAAUGCACAUUUAUAUGGAGACAGUUAUAUGAAGCCGCCUGUAGGCGCUGGAUUCGGAUUCGCAAAGGAGAAAAGGCGUUUUAGAGAAAUGGAGAGAAAGGCGAGGCCUGUGAAAGCUGCAAAGCGAGGACAAAUAGUGUACAAGUGUAUCGGAAGCCGCACGAAUUAUAUUUAUACACGGGCAAAGCCUAAUACGAAGUACUUCAUAGAUGUGUACGUCAUCAAUAAUAAUACGAACCGCACCAGUUCGUAUACAGGAUUAGAGUUGAAGACAAUGAGAGGGAAAAAAGUCAAACAUCUAAAAUUCAACAAAGUAAAUAAAGUAACGUUAAGUCGACCAAAACAGAAGGAAGUGCUGAAGUUUAAAUUGACAUCGUUCACGAGUAAAGUGUUUCUUGCCAUACAUGCAUGCAAAGGAAAGGUCAAAUUUCAAGUGAUGCGAAGGGGGAAAACUAUAGUGAAUACAAGGAUAAGGAAUAUAAAGAAAAUUACUUUGAGGGAUUUGGAGCCAGAUGAUUACCUUGUGAAAAUAACUAAUUCACGGAAAGGAAAACGGAAUGUUCGAGUGUUUAUAAGCAAUAGUACUAAAGUGUUUCAACAGUACCCGGAUCUACCAAACGAUACCCGGAUACUAGUGUUCGAUGAGCAAAUCACGUGUAGCAAUGUGACAAUCGCCUGGCUAGAGGCGGGAGAAAGACAAACGUAUUGUUUAUACAAGAAAGAAAUACCCGCAAGCACCAAACGGAAACGGCGGCGAAAUAAAACGGAUUCUUGUAAAACUUCACAUGUAAAAAGUAGUACAAAAAUCACUUGUAAAAAAUUUAGUAGAAGACAUAGGAAUACUAAGACUGGAGUUACUACCUUUGAAAUAACAGGCUUAAAGCCUGACACCUCCUAUCAAUUUGACAUUGUUGUUAGUCGGCGGAAAAGACACUCAUUGCCGUACCAAAGUGUUGUUACUCAAACAAGAAGCGAGUGUUGAGACUUUCUGUGAGUGUAAGGCGAGUGCAUGGUAUAUGAUAUGUAGUUUGAAUGUUAUUCUGAAGGAGAUCUGUGAUUUUGCCACUAAGAGCGGGAAUGUAUUUCCGGACAAACUGUGUUACUGUGAUGUCUUUUUGACCUAGACUAGAUUUCCUGCCCGAGUACCUUUACUCUCCGCUAGACUUCACCAUACACCUGGCGGAGCGUAGAAAAACCAAGGCAGAUAAUCCAGGGUAUUUUUGACCAAGCUGGGGAAUACAGUCCUCGCAACACUUUGUCAUUAAUUUUCUCAGAUAUUGCCACGCGUCAGCUGAUUGGUCGGACAGGUCCCAUACAUAAAGCCCAUUGACUGUUCGAGUAGUCAUCCAUGGAAGGUCUUCAAAAUUCAACAAUAGUAUAGAAUGUAACAAAACAGGGGGUGAUGCAUAAUACGAAUAUCGAUCUGACAAAACAUUUAAGCAUUUGGUUCAAAAUACAACACAAAAUCAUAUUGACUACCCUGUGUUUUCAUUUAACGAAAUAGAGAGUGUCGGCGUUAUUUAUCACUAUAUAAAACUUCUGUAUUGGUAAAUGAUACCAUUCCGGUACAUGGUCAUGACGAUCUACUCAGUACGGGUUGUACUCUGUAUAAGGGGGAGUAACUCUUUUAUCUCCUCACUUCGAGCUAGGUUGUAACAUUCCGAACCCCUGAUAUUUGGGAGAUGUUGAGAGGAUGAAGGAAAUAAUUCAUUGGGAAGAAAUGUGAGCUAUGGUGUAUUAUUACGUUCGUUUUAGAGAAAGAUACUAAGUCCCAAUAACACCAAAUUCUGAAUAACUACUGGACUGAUGUAAGUUUAAUUUCUGAAAGACUGAUCGUUUUCUAUGAUAUUCAGAUAUUGUUACAUUGUUUUUAAUUUGACAAAAAUAUUAUUCUUGAUGCGUGCAAUACAUGUAUGAUUUGUAAAGUAUUCGAUAAAUUACACAUCCCCGCAUGUAACAACCAACGGGAAAGAGAAAAAUUAAAUAUCACUCAUUGAGAAAACUAUAGAUGGAAACCAUUGUCGAUGUUAUUUAAACCCCCAUAUACAAUGUUGUGUAUCUGUUAAUGUGGCCGCUUGUGUUACUGAGAAAAGUCUUCAUAUUAAAUGUUGUCAACACUAUACACGCGACACGUCACAUCACUCAUUGUCUUUGAAUUCAUAAGGUAAGGUAUAUCGGUAAAUGGACUACCAUGUCAAUUGGUGAAAGCAGUAUUCCGUUGGUUUGUGUUCCAUAUACGAUGCUUGUCAUUUAUAAGUAUGUUAGUGUAUAUAUAUAAAUCUACUAUGUUUUGUAUACGUUGUAGUAAGAUUCAUUGUAGUAAUAUAUUUAUAUAGGUCUUCAUUUAAUGUGAGUUAUUUUAGAAAACUACAAUGUACGUAUAGCAAUUACCUUCUAGUACUACAUUGUGGGUAUAUACAACUACAAUGUAUUAUGUACUACAAUGCAAAUGAAAAUAGUAUUUUUAUAUCAUAUUACUACAAUGUAUACUAUACAUACAGUAUGCGACUCCUGUCAUACAGUUGUAUCUCCCGGGAUAAAAACUCCAAUCUAUGCUGCCCCCUUCCCACCCCUACCCCCUCAAGUAAAUGUUGAAUGUCUUUUGACUUUGUUCUUCCACCCCACGAAGAAGGCCAUUUAUGUGAAUGUAUGGAUAAUGGUCGCUUAUUUUCAGAGUGAGAGGAAGCAUUUGUAGACUUAUGCAUUUUGUUAUGUGGUUCGUUAAAAAGUAACAUGCGGCUUCCAAGUAAUUCAUAUUUUUUCAACUUCAUCUUGGUUCCUUGACCUUUUCAUCCUUCAUUAUUCAAAGUGUUGGCUCAGUGAGUUGAGAAAUGACAGAUAAAUGGCAUUUGGAUCACAGGAAUUACCCCUUUUAUUGUAUCAGCAUUGGGAGGAAUCAUCACUGUGAACCAACGGAACCCAUAUACUGUAGAUAUUGAUCACGGAAGUCACAUCAUGAAACCGAUCAUCGCCGAUUACGUGUUUGCAAAUAUUUAUCAAACAUUCUAAUUUAUUUCUUACACAUGGUGUCAACAUAUGCUAAUUAAGUUUAGACAUCAUUGCCACUGUUGAUAUUAAAUUAAUUUCA